AAAUCUAAAAAAUCCACGCAGCAUAAGCGACACUCAGUUUCUUUUCCAUGGACCGAUACACACAAGAUCAGAAAAGAUUCAGGGCUUAAAUAUAAGAAAAUUGAAAGAUCCCCUUUCUCUUUCCGUUUCGCUCUCUUUGUCUACCUGUAACGACCUGAACACCUUAUCUCGUCCGUGCCCCUUCCUAAAUUUCAAAAUUCCGCUUAAGCCAUGAGAGAAGAGCCAGCCGUUGUAACAUUCCGUAGCAUCCCGAACCUCAAAGUCUGUCAGUUUAGCUGGAUCGAUACGACGCCGGAGUAUAAACCGUUGUGGAGAACCGACGCCCGGCUUAUUUGGACAGUUAAUCAUGCUGGUAGAGCUGGCUGUGGUGGUGGAGGUAAAGUUAGGGUUGAUAAUUUUGCUUGUCUUGCACUGGCGGAGAAGCAAAGUCGAAAGGAGUGCGAGCCUACUCCAGCUCAGCUCGCCAAGCAUCCUCUAGCUUUACUCGCUUACGUGCCGAGAGACGUCGCGAUUUUUGCAGCUGGUGCCGUCGCUGGAGCUGCCGCCAAAACCGUCACGGCUCCGCUUGACCGUAUCAAGCUACUUAUGCAGACUCAUGGGGUGAGAGCUGGGCAAGAAGGUGCUAAGAAGGCGAUUGGUUUCAUUGAGGCCAUAGUUUUGAUAGCAAAGGAAGAAGGAAUUAAAGGAUACUGGAAAGGAAACCUCCCUCAGAUUAUACGAAUUAUACCUUAUAGUGCAGUUCAGCUCUUUGCUUAUGAAACUUACAAGAAACUUUUUAAGGAUAAGGAUGGUCAGCUCUCUGUGAUUGGGAGGCUUGCGGCAGGUGCUUGUGCAGGCAUGACAUCCACUUUUGUAACAUAUCCCUUAGAUGUCUUGAGGUUGCGUUUAGCAGUAGAGCCAGGGUAUCGAACUAUGUCUGAGGUAGCCUUGAACAUGUUGCGAGAGGAAGGAUUUGCAUCAUUCUAUUAUGGGCUUGGACCUGCUCUUAUUGGAAUAGCCCCAUACAUUGCUGUGAACUUCUGCAUUUUUGACUUGGUGAAGAAGGCUUUGCCUGAGAAAUACCAACAAAAGGCUCAAUCAUCCCUACUAACUGCUGUUGUUUCAGCUGGUGUUGCCACACUCACAUGCUAUCCUUUGGACACAAUUAGAAGACAGAUGCAAAUGAAGGGUACACCUUACAAGUCCGUUUUGGAUGCUUUUACAGGUAUUAUUGCACGAGAUGGAGUUAUUGGCCUGUACAGGGGUUUUGUGCCAAAUGCAUUAAAAACCCUACCAAACAGCAGCAUUAGGCUCACUACCUUCGACAUUGUUAAACGUUUAAUUGCCACAAGUGAGAAAGAGUUUCAAAAACUUGUGGAGGAAAAUCGCCAGAAACAAAGCCAGAAUGCCAAGAUAUAGAAGUUCCUGUUAUCGUCACAUUACUAUUGUUUUAUGAGCUAUUAUUUUCCCACACAAUUUUCCUGUGGGUUAAUGUUUCACCAGAACCAUCAGUAAUUUGCAGGUUUUAUAUAUUCCAUUACAACUUCGUGAUGCACGAGAAUCUUGGGUUCAUGUUCCACGAGAACCAUCCGUGAUUUGUUGAUUUUAUAUAUUCCAUUUCAACUUAACAGCCAGAUGCGCUGUGUUGUUCUUUUUUUUAAACAUUUUUUGCUAGUCAGUGUGCCUUACACCAUUUAUAAGUAGGGUCUAGGGUAAUUAGAAUUGGGAAAGAUAAGCCUAAUUUUGAGCUGCCCAUAGGGUAGUACCUUACUGGAGGUUUGUGAUUCUGUAAAACUAUUAAUUUUUGGGUGCCAGUGUUGUAUGCCAUUUCUACAAUUUUAGUUGUCA